AUGGAACGAGUAAUCGGGGAGUCAGUCGAUAGGACAAUGGAGGACUGUGAACACUUCCACGGACACAGUGUCAAAGCCUCUUAUGCAGACCACCCAAUCUACCUCCUCAUUAAUCCUCCUGCCCCCUGCCAAUUCCCCCUUUCACUUUUCAUCUCCCACUAA